UCUCUUCUUCUUAACCCCUUCUCCUCUCCUCAGUCCUCCCAGCAACCUUAUCCUUCGUCUCCUUAUCUUCUUCACGUCUCCUGUUUUCUUCUUCCUUUCAUUCCUGGAAACCCUUAUCAAGAAACGUCCUAAACUCGAAACCCGCAAGAACCCACCAUCGAAAGGUGGGCAAAGUUUGUCACCCUUCAAUAUAUUAGUUGCAGAAGCCAAGGGAGGCUCUCAAGCUCCAAUGGACUCGAAGGAAGUGGCUGCUGCGUCUUCUCCGGUCUCAGGUUCUUCUCCUAAUAAUAAUACUCGUUUUGAAAUUGAUAUUGAUACUGCUCCUAAGGUUGGUAGUAAUUUGAAUACUGAUAUUCAUGGUAGUGGUAGCAAUGGUAAAGUUAAUUUUAGUAGUGCUUCUGAUGAUGAGGGGUUUGUGAGUGGUGAGGAGGAUUUUGAUAUGGCUUCGGAGAAGCCAUUUGUGGUGGGCCCUGAUGAAAAAGAAAAAUCCGACGGCCUUGCGGGGGAGAAUUCUGACGGCCCUUUUGCGGCUUCGUCGGAAGUAUCUGUCCCAAUCGAUGAUAAUAGGGCUGCUUCUGAGGUUUUAGUUGGUGAUAAUGUCGAAAAUGUUGAUAAAGUUGGGGAAUUAGAGGGUGGGAAGGAUGUUGAAGGAGGUGAGGGCGAGCCGGUGAAAGAAUCUCAAGCUGUUGGUGUAGGGGAUAGUCUUUCUGAUAAUUUGGAUGAAAGUGUUGUCGAGGGCUUGGAGGGGAAGCCUGAAGCUCCUCCUGUCUUUGCUGGGGAUUCGGUCUCGAAUUUGGAUGGGAGUGGUGGUGAUAGUCAAGGGGGCACGAUAGAGAGUUUUGGGGAAAGGAGUGGAACUAGUGCCGGUGAAAAGGAGGAAUCAAAACACCUGGAACUAUUAGUGAAUGACAGUGAAAGAGAGGAACCAGAACAAGCGUCACUUGUGACCAAUGCCUGUGAAGUUGCAAAUCAUGAUAAGUCAGAUAGUGCAGCGGUUGAUACCUCCACCGUCAAAAAUGGUCCUCAACCAAUGGAAGAGAAGAAUGUUGAAGGGAUUCCUGAGACUGGAAUGGAGCAAUUGGCUGUAUCAGAAGCUAAAGAAAAUGGCACUGUGUCGAGCAGUGGUGAUGCUGAGGAAUUACUAGGUGGAGAUCAAAUUCAGGCUGGCAAAUCUGUUGACGAAGGAACGUACGUCAGCUUUCAGGAUGAUGGAUUGGAAAAAAGUGAGUCUGGCAUUUCUCAUUGGCCUGAGCAUGAUAAACCGAAAUCAAUUCAUGAUGCUCCAGAAAUAGUAGAAGCAGAAGAUGAAGCUAAGAUUCAGAUGGGGGAAGAAGCUGGCCUUGAAGGCUCAAUUUCAGAUGGGGAUAAUGAUGGUAUGAUAUUUGGAAGCUCUGAAGCAGCUAAACAGUUCAUUGAGGAGUUGGAGCGGGGAUCAGGUGGUAAUUCAUUUUCAGGUGCUGAUACUUCUCUGGAUCAGCCACAGAGAGUUGAUGGACAAAUUGUCACAGACUCUGAUGAUGAAGUGGACACUGAUGAAGAAGGAGAAAACAAAGAAUUAUUUGAUUCUGCUGCCUUAGCAGCCCUCUUGAAAGCUGCGACUGGUGCUGACUCAGAUGGGGGAAGUAUCACAAUAACCUCUCAAGAUGGAUCUAGGCUGUUUUCGGUAGAGCGCCCUGCAGGUCUGGGGUCUUCAUUGCGAUCCUUGAGACCUACUCCCCGAUCAAACCGCCCCAACAUCUUUACUCCGUCCACUUUUUCAAACAGUGGAGAAUCUGAGAGCAACUUGACCGAUGAGGAGAAGAAGAAGCUGGAGAGGUUACAGCAGAUCCAAGUGAAAUUUUUGAGGCUUCUGCACAGGCUAGGGCUUUCAACUGAUGAAUCAGUAGCAGCACAAGUUAUCUACAGAUUAACUCUUGCUGCAGGAAGGCAAAGCGGUCAACUGUUUAGCACUGAAGCUGCCAAAGCAAUGGCGCUGCAGCUUGAAGCAGAGGAGAAAGAUAAUUUGGACUUCUCCUUGAACAUACUGGUUCUUGGCAAAUCUGGAGUGGGAAAAAGUGCUACGCUAAACUCAAUUUUUGGGGAAGAGAAGGCUCAGAUUGACGCAUUUCAGCCUGCCACAACUACUGUGAAAGAAAUAUCUGGAUUUGUGGAUGGAGUGAAGCUUCGGGUUUUUGAUACACCUGGCCUCAAAUGCUCAGCGAUGGAACAGUCUUUCAACCGCAGUAUCUUGUCCUCAGUGAAGAAAUUGACCAAGAAAAAUCCACCAGACAUUGUCCUUUAUGUGGACAGGCUGGACGCUCAAACAAGAGACCUCAAUGAUCUGCCACUACUGAGGACCAUAUCUGGCUCUCUUGGAUCCUCAACCUGGCGAAGUGCUAUAGUGACCCUCACGCAUGCUGCGUCUGCACCUCCAGAUGGACCAUCUGGUUCCCCUAUGAGUUAUGAGGCCUUUGUUACUCAAAGAUCUCAUGUUGUUCAGCACUCUAUUGGGCAAGCUGUAGGUGAUCUCCGCAUGAUGAGUCCAAGCCUUAUGAAUCCUGUUUCACUUGUGGAAAACCAUCCUUCAUGUCGGAGGAACAGGGAAGGCCAGAAGGUGCUACCUAACGGCCAAACUUGGAGACCUCAGUUGUUGUUGUUAUGCUAUUCAAUGAAGAUUUUGUCAGAAGCAGGUUCCCUCUCAAAGCCUCAAGAUCCAUUUGACCACCGCAAGCUCUUUGGAUUCCGGGUUCGCUCACCGCCUCUUCCAUAUAUGUUGUCUUCAAUGUUGCAGUCCCGUGCACACCCAAAGCUUUCGACUGAGCAGGGUGGGGAGAUUGGUGAUUCUGAUAUCGACCUGGAUGAUUUGUCAGACAUAGACAAUGAUGAUGAAGAUGAGUAUGACCAGCUUCCUCCUUUCAGGCCUCUUAGGAAAGCUCAAAUUGCAAAGCUCAGCAAAGAGCAGAGGAAGGCCUACUUUGACGAGUAUGACUACCGGGUGAAGCUCCUUCAGAAAAAACAAUGGAAAGAGGAACUGAAGAGAAUGAAAGAGAUGAAAACAAAGGGAAAGGAUGCUGAGAUUGUCAAUGGUUUCACAGAAGAAGAUGCAGAUUCAGCAGCUGCAGCUCCCGUGGCAGUUCCAUUACCUGACAUGGUGCUGCCUCCUUCUUUCGAUGGUGAUAAUCCUGCCUACAGAUACCGAUUCUUAGAGCCAACAUCACAGUUUCUAGCCAGGCCUGUUCUGGAUACCCAUAGCUGGGAUCAUGAUUGCGGGUAUGAUGGUGUCAAUGUUGAAAACAGUUUGGCUAUUCUGAAUCGCUUUCCAGCAGCUGUCACUGUUCAAGUCACAAAAGAUAAGAAAGAUUUCAGCAUUAGUUUGGACUCCUCUAUUGCUGCUAAGCAUGGCGAGAAUGUGUCAAGCAUGGCAGGAUUUGAUAUCCAAAGUAUUGGAAAGCAGCUUGCAUAUGUUGUCCGUGGUGAAACCAAAUUCAAAAAUUUGAAGAAGAACAGGACCGCUGGUGGGGUAUCUAUAACGUUCUUGGGGGAGAACGUGGUCCCUGGGAUCAAGAUUGAAGACCAGAUUACAUUGGGCAAGCAGUAUGCCUUGGUAGGCAGCGCUGGGGUUGUUAGAGCUCAGCAGGACACUGCUUAUGGAGCCAACUUUGAGCUGCAGCGCAGGGAGCAGGAUUUUCCUAUUGGCCAGGUCCAAUCCACAUUCAGCAUGUCAGUGAUCAAAUGGAGGGGGGACUUGGCUCUAGGUUUCAACAGUCUAGCUCAGUUCUCUGUCGGGCGUGGUUCAAAAGUUGCUGUGCGUGCAGGAAUAAAUAAUAAGCUGAGUGGACAGGUUACAGUGAGGGCGAGCAGUUCAGAACAUCUCUCUCUUGCACUCGCAGCUGUCAUCCCGACUGUAAUUUCCAUCUACAAGAAACUGUGUCCUGGUGUUGGCGAGAAGCAAUUGAUGUAUUAGCUCGCUCUUUCACUUGGUGUUGCCUUGAUCAAUACCAAACGGCUUCAUUUUGGAGCUUCUGCAGAUUUUUUUUGUCAUCUUGUUGGGUAACAUUUAUGUCAUCUAGUUUAGAACUGCAGCUCAUUACUAGAAUUUAUAUGUUUUGGCUUGAUGUUGAAUAUGAGAUGGAACUAAGAGGGUAUAAUUUCAUUUUUCAACUCCGAAAAUUUGGUACCAGAAUUCAUUAUGAUUAUCAUCGAAGGCAUGAAUUUUGCUAUGAUUC